GCGGUCUAUUAUCAAAUAACCUACGACCCUCAUGAGAAUAAGCUGUUUGGAAUGUUUUCAAAUGCAGAGUAAAUGUACUCGGGAAAUACUCAAGUACAAAUACUAAAGUACAGGCGGAGCACGUGGUAGCUGGAAGCCUGCCCACUACUCGCCGGGUGACGCGUGAACGACAAAAGCCGCAUUAUGAAAGUUUGAACGACUCACUUUAGUCGUCGCGAAUUCUGUCAACAAAAGGAACAUGUCCUCUACACCAACCAAUAAGCAGGCCUUGAAACCACCAGAUGGUGGCUGGGGUUGGAUGGUCGUGAUUGGGGCUCAUAUUUCCAUUGGCUUUGCCUACUCUACACCCAAAGCCCUCUCCAUUUUCUUCAAGGAUAUCCGAUCAGACUUGCAAGCCAGCGAGAGUGACAUAGCGUGGAUCUCAUCUAUCAUGUUAGCAGCCAUGUAUGCUGGAGGACCGGUGAGCAGCGCGUUGGUCAAUCGCUUUGGAAGCCGACCGAUAGUUAUUGUAGGGGGGCUGAUGUGCGGGGCCUCCAUGGUCGCGGCUUCUUUCGGGAACUCCAUCGUUUACCUCUACUUGUGCGUUGGCGUCAUUGCAGGCUGUGGACUGGCCUUAAACCUGAAUGCAUCUAUCACCAUCAUCAGCAAGUAUUUUCUGGCCAAGCGUCCUUUGGCCAAUGGUCUCGCAAUGGCAGGGAGUCCUGUUUUCUUGUGCUUCCUAGCCCCUUUUAAUCAAUUUCUACUGGACAAGUUUGGCUGGAGAGGAAGUCUUCUUAUCCUCGGGGCUCUGAUGCUCAACUGUUGUGUGGCCGGGGCCUUGAUGAGACCCCUCGCUUCCUGUACCUCGUUUCCCGCUAAAAGUAGUAAAAGUAAUAAAGAAGUGGAGGAGCAAUCAAAUAACGCCAACACCAAGCCACUGAAGCAAAGUUGCAGCAGAGGUGCCAAGAACAUCUUUGACUGGUCCUUUUUCAAAGAUCGAGGUUUUCUUAUUUACCUCAUCGGGAACAUCAUGUUCAUUUUCGGUGCCUACGCACCCAUCAUGUUCCUGAAAGAUUACGCCAUCAGUCGUGGCGUGGACCAAUACUCGGCAGCGUAUCUGCUCUCCAUUAUGGGCUUUGUGGACAUGUUUGUUCGCCCCGGCACAGGCCUGAUUGCCAACAGCAAGUGGAUCCGACCACGAAUCCAGUACUUCUUCAGCUUUGCCAUGGUGUUCAAUGGCACCUGCCAUUUACUCUGUCCACUGAUCACCAACUUCACCUUUUUGGUGGUGUACGCCGUAUUUUUUGGCGUGGCUUUCGGCAUGGUUUUCGCCCUCAUCUUUGAGUGCCUGAUGGAUCUGAUGGGAAAUCAACGCUUCCCUCGUGCCGUUGGACUGGUCACCAUCAUUGAGUGCGUCCCCAUGCUGCUGGGACCGCCCACUGCAGGUUUACUGGUGGAUAAAUUUGAAGACUACAAGUACCUCUUCUUCUUGUGCGGCGCAGUGAUUGUUACCGGCGGGAUCUUCCUUUUCAUCAUGAAUAUUUACAACUAUCGUAUGCUGGAAAAAGAAAGGCGUCGACAGCCAAAUGCAAAUUACACAGUAGGCCAGGACCAGGCCGAGAUGGCGAGCGGGCUCACUCACACUUUUUGUCCAAAGGAGUCUGACGUGCUUGAGUGUAAAGAAGACCUAGCGAGCAUCCCAGUUAAAAGUUGACACUUUUAACAAGUCUAUUGUAAUUGGCUAGAAUAUGGUUCAAAUGAUGUUUACAUUACCCUAUUUUUUUAAUGUUCAAUGAAAUCCAAUGUGGCAGUAUAAAAAACAAAAUAGACUAUGAAUUCUAUUUAGAAGACAUUCCAUUUAAAUGGAAUACUUCAUUCUUCCAGAGAUAGGCUCAGAUUUUUUUUGUUUUGUUUUAUCGUUCCCAGGACCUAAGUGGCGCUUACGUUGAAUAACUCAAAACAGCUCCAAGGUUUUAUUAUCUUGUUACCUUUCACCUACAGUCCGUGCCCCUCCUUUCUACUGUUCAAAAGUACAAUGUUACACUGAUCCCCCAAGCCGACAUUUUUUUUUUCAGCGUACUUACAUCACUAGGCCAUAUAUGUUCCUCUGUGCCAUUUCCUGACAACAUUGCACUGAUGAGUCCUACUGCUUGACCUUUGAGACUGUGUUUGUCAACCAAACUUGACUGUUUUAAGUGUUCGAUACUCUUACUGUGUAAAACGGUUCCUUUGCUUUCCGUCAGUGACCAGACUGUGAAUUACUUCUUCGGUACGUCUAAAUCAAUGGUUCUUAACCUGGGUUCGAUCGAACCCUAGGGGUUCGGUGAGUAGGUCUCAGGGGUUCGACAGAGCCUCCACCGAGGAGGUCCGAACAAACCUGAUUUAUCGUGUAGGUAUGCAAUUUGUUGUGAGUUUAUGCAUUGUGUUGAUUUUGUCCUUUGAACAAGGUGAUGUUCAUCCACGGCUCAUUUUGUGCACCAAUAAAAAAAAACCAUCUAUGUCUUGAAUUUAAAAAACAUAUAUUUUUCACAAAUCCGGUGAAUGCGCAUAUGAAACCUCUAACAAGGUGAAGAACCACUGGUUGAAAUGAAUUUGACUCUACUGAAUAUAAAACGAGUCUAUUUGCAAUCACUUAAAUUAACAAGCCUAUUAAAGCCAAACAUAAUCAUGACAACUCGGACCGACCGCACGGAUGGAGCGACAUAUAAGAUGAGAGAGCGCGUCUAGAAUGUUGAUGACCCACCCACCUUUCUCCCGACCUUUGCAUCUGUAAGAAUCAAAUCCGCCUUGUUUACAAUCGGCGGCUGAGCCGAUGAAUCGGGAGCGGUCUUACACGAGUGGCCGGUCUGAGACGAGCAGCCGAGAAAGAAUGUGUUCCCUCGAGGCUCAAAGAGCGCCGGCAUCUAUCAGGAGAAGAAAUUGAAUGGGAUUUGGAGAGCAACAAAGAUUAGAUAGCGCUCCGCUGUUGAGCAAGCAUGAGACGCGCCGAUGGAACGCUUUCCCUGGCUGGGAUGAAAUCAAACCACAGUGAAACGGGCUCACAGUGACAUGUGUGCACACACUGUGGCCUUUGGGCCCCAAGUCAAGAUUUGAUACUUUUGUUUGCUUUUUUUUUUUUCUGGCUGCUCUGGUUCAAUAAAGGUUGAGAAACUCAGAAUCGUGCUAUUGCAUUCUGUUGUGUUGAUUCAACCUGCUCUCCUUAA